UGCACCAUAUCUUCCCUCCUCAACCGGCACACUUACUACUUAUACCUCCACCCAGAUCCUGCCUCUCUGAUCCAUACCCAGAAGAGAAAAAUUAUUGGGUUUUGAUAAAGUUUCGUUUUUUUUUUCCUCACAGGCCGUCGAAAAUGGCAUUAUCAGUUAUGCUCCAUCUUCUUCUUGGAGUUAUGGCUGUUUUUGGCAGUGUAGUGAAAGUGAAAGGAGAUGACCCUUACAAGUAUUACACUUGGACUGUCACUUAUGGCAUUAUUUCUCCUCUCGGUGUUCCUCAACAGGUCAUCUUUAUCAAUGGUCAGUUUCCUGGUCCAAGGCUUGACGUCGUGACCAAUGACAACAUCAUCCUCAAUCUCAUCAACAAACUUGACCAGCCUUUCCUCUUGACCUGGAAUGGAAUUAAGCAGAGGAAGAACUCAUGGCAAGAUGGGGUUUUGGGAACAAACUGUCCGAUUCCUCCAAACUCCAACUUCACCUACAAGUUUCAGACAAAAGAUCAGAUCGGAACCUAUACCUACUUUCCCUCCACGGCCUUUCACAAAGCUGCCGGAGGCUAUGGAGCAAUCAAUGUCUACGCCAGGCCGAGGAUCCCAAUCCCCUAUCCUCUCCCUGCCUCAGAUUUCACAUUGCUCAUUGGUGAUUGGUUCAAGACCAACCACAAUACUCUGCAACAACGUCUGGAUUCUGGGACACCGUUAUUGUAUCCAGACGGAUUGCUCAUAAACGGGCAGACUCAGGCAACAUUCACAGGGGACCAAGGGAAAACAUACAUGUUCAGAAUCUCCAACGUUGGAUUAUCAACUUCAUUCAACUUGAGAAUACAAGGGCACACCAUGAAAGUGGUCGAGGUGGAAGGAUCUCACGUGAUCCAGACCGACUACGAUUCUCUUGACAUUCAUGUUGGCCAGUCCCUCUCCAUUUUGGUGACCUUAAACCAAUCUCCUAAAGAUUAUUACAUAAUGGCAAGCACUCGGUUCACGAGAAGAGUACUCUCUGUGACUGGCUUGUUACGUUACUCUAACUCCCGAGCUCCGGCUUCUGGUUCUUUGCCGGAUCCUCCCCCGGGAGAAUUGGUCUGGUCCAUGAGACAAGCCAGGACUUUCAGGUGGAACUUGACGGCAAAUGCAGCUAGGCCAAACCCUCAGGGAUCCUUCCAUUAUGGAAAAAUCACUCCCACGAAGAUGUUCGUCUUCUCGAAUUCAGCUCCUCUGAUCAACGGAAAGCAACGCUAUGCAGUCAAUGGCGUCUCAUAUUUGAACUCUGAUACACCUCUUAAACUGGCCGAUUACUUCAACAUAGCCGGAGUUUUCAGCACUAAUGCCAUUCAGAGAGUGCCGUCCAAUUCACCGGCAACUGUUGCUACUUCUGUUGUGCAAACGAAUCUCCAUGAUUUCAUCGAGGUUGUCUUCCAGAACAACGAAAGAACAGUGCAGUCUUGGCAUCUUGAUGGUUACGACUUCUGGGUUGUCGGAUUUGGUUCUGGACAAUGGACGCCGGCAAAGAGAUCACUGUACAAUCUGAAAGACGCUCUUACGAGACACACGACUCAGGUAUAUCCGAAUUCGUGGACAGCAAUCUUAGUGUCUCUGGACAAUCAAGGGAUGUGGAACAUGAGAUCAGCGAUAUGGGAGAGACAGUAUCUUGGACAGCAGUUUUACCUCAAAGUAUGGAACCCUAUCCAGAGCCUGGCCAACGAAUACAACCCUCCUGAUAACCUUCUUCUCUGCGGCAAAGCUGUCGGAAGACACCCUUAGAGCUUUUAGAGUCGCUGUUCUUUAAGUUCUCUGAUUUGUAUUGGUAAUGGUUUGUUCUUCUGGUCAUGAGCAUAUGACUAGUUACCAUUUGUAGUAACCUUACAUGAUUGAAAGGAAAUGGAAAGUUUACAACUUUGGGAGGUUCUUUCUUCGGAUUGGAUGAAAUGAGAGAGGAGCGUGUUGAGAUUGUAAAAGUAUCGUUCU